ACGUCUGGAUCUGUGCACAGCUGAAUCAUCAGACUAGGCGCAUCAAGGCAGGAACGGAGUUGAUGUGGGAUUAUAACUAUGAGUGUUACUGUGGCUCAUCACGGUGCACAGGAAGACUGCUCUGAUCUGCCCCUUUCAACAUAACAAUAAUGCUUUCAUUGAGGUGUUUGUGUUGUAGACUUUCAUCAGCUUGUCAGAAAUGUAGGUGUGGCAGAGCAUUCCAAAAAUGUGACUCAUUGAAUAUAAAUGUAUAAUACAAUAUAUUAAAGUUUGUUUUAGCAUGUUUACCCUCUAAAAGAAAUGUGAAUAGUAAUGUAUUUGUUUGUAAAUAAAAUUGGCAAAUAUCAAAAACUAUUUUUUCUUGUAAGAUAUGUCAAAUGUAAGUGUUGUGAAUUAAUUUAGAGUAAUAAUAGCAAUUACAGAAUGUUUAAUUAAUUGUCAUUGAUAAUAACAGAUAAAGUUUAAAUUGUCAUAUAUUGGGUUGUUCAGCUUUAAGAAAAGUCUACCCAUAAUGCAUAAUGAGCAAGUGAGAGCGCGCAGAAAAAGAACAUGUGAUUGAUUCAAUGUGUGUGCGCUGCAUCUGUGUUAUCCGGUUCAAAAACUUCAGUAAAACAGUUUGUUUAUUUUAUUUCAAGUCGUCAGUAGUCAUUAUUGCUUACUAAGAAGAAAAGACACGACAUUCUUUGGUGCCGAAACCCGGGAUAAUUAGCAAGCAAUGUCCGAAAUGGCGGAGCGACUUGAAAGACUACUCAGAAAACGGAGAGCUGUGCGCAGUUCCACCACGAGACUUUUGCAAGACAUCGAAACGGAGGUUAGCAAAGAAGAUCCGAUCAUUGACAGAUUAAGUGAACUGUUAGCCCUGUUAUCUGCAAAAGAGGGAACGCUGCUGGAGUUAGACCAUGAAAUAGAGGAAAGGAUAGACACUGAUGAUCUGGAGAAUGAAGUCGCGGAUGUCGAGGAAUAUGGAGAGCGAAUCAUCAGCGCGAAGGCUCGCGUGAAGCGCGUGAUGCAGAGAAACCGGGACAACAGCAGGCCGAGUGACGCAGAGCCCUCGCAGCGCGGACAAACAGUUAAGUUACCCAAGUUAAUAAUCAGCAAGUUUAGCGGUGAAAUUAGCUUGUGGCAAGACUUUUGGAAUCAGUUUGAAACCGCUAUUCACAAAAAUGACGCGCUGAGCAAAACAGAGAAGUUUAAUUACUUAAAGACGUAUCUAACCGGCGCUGCUUCAAAGUCAAUAGCGGGACUGAUGAUGACAGACGGCAAUUAUGAUCACGCUAUCGAUCUGCUUCAGAACCGGUUCGGAAGAAAGGAUCUGCUCAUUAACGCGCAUAUGACUAAGUUGCUGAAUCUCUGCCCAGUAAAGAAAUCACAUGAUGUCGCUGCUCUGAGACAGCUUUACGAUGAAUGUGAAGUGCAGAUCCGUAGCUUAGAAUCGCUGGGUGUCGUUUCAGAGGCAUAUGGCAGCCUGUUAUGUCCUGUUCUGCUACAGAUGAUUCCAGAUGACAUUGCUCUCCAGUACAGCCGUCAAAGAGGAACCAGUGAUGAAUGGAAGGUCUCAGAAGUUAUGGAAUUUCUGCAGCAAGAGAUUCUGAGCAGAGAAAGAGCCAUGCAACUGAUUAAGCCAGGUAAUUCCAAAGACAGUCAGAGCUAUCACAAACCAUUUAAAAGGCCAGACGCAUCAAUUGAAAUGAAGCAGAAGAAGCAUCACAUGCCGUCAGCUGCAGUACUGCAAACCACCAGUCAAAGAAUACCGAACUGCCUGUUCUGUAACAGUGCAGCACACAAAACAGAACUGUGUCCAGAAACUGACAUUGCUGCACGGAAAGAAAAAUUAAUGAAAAUGGGACGAUGCUUUGUUUGUCUUGGGCCAAAGCACAUUGCAAGAUUCUGUAAGGCCAAAGUGUGCUGUAAUGCGUGUGGAGGCAGACAUCAUAGUGCUGUGUGUGAGAAAAGAGAAACGCACACUUCAGAUGCUGACGACAAAGACGAUGUAGUUUCUUCUUUUGCUUCACAUUCUGUUAAGAUACAGCCCACUAAACAGAACAACACCGUGCUGCUUCAGACUGUAAGAGCAUGGGCAGAUGGACCUGGUGGACGUAAAAGCAUUCGUUGCUUACUGGAUGGUGGCAGUCAGAGAAGCUUCAUCAGUGAAAACGCAGCAAGAGCUUUGAAAUUACCUGUGAUUAAACAAGAAACGUUCACUCUGCAUACUUUUGGCUCAGCAGCACCAAUAACAUCAAGGCGCAACACAGUGAAAGUAAUUAUGCAGAGCAUCUGGGACAAAGAGCAGAAAGUUGAAGUAGAAGCGCUCGAGACCCCCCAAGUAUGCACCGCUGUGAUGAAAAUUCCAGGUGAGCACGUCCAAGCAGAGUUGAAACGAAAGGGCUUGCAGUUGGCAGACUACCCAGACCCCAGCACUUGUGAUACAGAGUUGUCAAUGCUGAUUGGUGCAGACUAUUAUUGGAGUAUAGUAUCAGGCCACGUAGAAAGAAUCACAGAUGCACUUGUGGCCAUUGAAAGCAUUUUUGGAUGGUCAGUGCAGGGCCCAGUCACAAUGUCCAGUGUUUCUGAUGCAGCAUGCUUGCACCUACAAAUUAAUGAAGACACACUGGUCUCAGAACGUCUGAAGGCCUUCUGGGAAAUCGAGUCCCUUGGCAUCAACAUGAAGCAGACAGACAGUCCUGAAGAGGAGGAGGCUCUUCACCUGUUUGAAAAGACAACUCUGUACAAAGAUGGUCGAUAUGAAGUGGAGCUGCCAUGGCGACCUGACAAACCAGAACUCCCAGAUAACUACAGAAUUGCAAAGAAAAGAUUUGAAGGACUUAAAAGAAAGUUGCAGUCAGAUGUAAUGCUGUAUCACAGAUACAAUGAAGUUGUGAAUGAUUACCUUGAGCAGGGCAUCGUCGAAGACGUGGUGGAGGGCAGGUUGUCUCCAAAUGCUGUGAAGUACUACAUGCCUCAUCAUGCUGUUCUGCGGGAAGACAAGGUAACCACAAAGCUCAGAGUAGUGUUUGAUGCCUCAUCACAUGACAUUAGCUCUCCAUCACUAAAUGACUGUUUACUUACUGGUCCUAACCUGAAUCCAGAUCUGCUUAGCAUACUGAUAAAAUUCAGACUGAAUGAGAUAGCAUUUACCGCAGACAUCAAGAAGGCUUUCUUGCAGAUUUCUCUUGCUGAGAAGGACAGAGAUGCAGUAAGGUUCCUCUGGCUUACUGCACCACCCCAUGAAGAUGCAGGUGAGAAGCUGCGUGUGCGUCGGAUGACGAGAGUGGUGUUUGGAGUGUCCCCCAGCCCAUUCCUUCUGGCAGCUACAGUGAGAAAGCAUCUGAAGGGAUAUGAAGCCCAACUACCCGAGGUAGUAAAGAUAAUAAAAGAAUCACUUUAUGUUGAUGACUUCAUCUCAAGUGCAAGUGAUGUUGAAAAUGCCUUCUCCAUAACUACUGGUGCAAGAAAGAUUAUGUCUGCAGCUGGCAUGGAUCUUUGCAAGUGGACGACCAACUGUGCUGCAUUGAAGGAGAAAUGGAAGACGACAGUGAGUGAACUCGCAGAGGAGACAGAAACGCAUGGAUCUGUGUUGAAGGUACUAGGCUUGGUAUGGAGAACUAAAACAGAUGAUUUCGUCUUUGAUCUGACUGCAUUGCUGGAUGCUGUAGCUAAAAGAGAAAAUACCAAGAGAAGUGUUCUAAAGCUCUCUGCUCGCAUAUUCGACCCAAUAGGCUUUCUUACCCCAUUCACUGUGCGAGUGAAAUGCCUUUUCCAAGAGAUGUGGAUACGAGGCCUUGGCUGGGACGAGCAGCUGCCCACAGAUCUUGCACAAGAAUGGCAAGGAUGGUGUUCAGAACUUCCACAGAUCCACCACAUCAUCAUUCCUCGCUGGUAUGGAAUAAAAUCUGAGCACAGACACGAUGCACAACAACUCCACGUGUUCUGCGAUGCAAGCGAGAAAGCUUACAGUACUGUUGCCUACCUGCUGCGAGUAGCUGAUGAUGGAACAAAGACCACAUGCCUUGUUGCUUCAAAGUCCAGGGUAGCCCCCCUGAAGAAGAUAUCACUGCCUCGUCUUGAGCUCAUGGGAGCAGUGAUUGGAGCAAGACUAGGAACCAGCCUGUUAAAGCCUUUGAAUGUGGAGCUCCAUCAAGUUCACAUGUGGACAGAUUCGAUGAUUGUUCUGCAGUGGAUUCGCAGUCCAGCUCACAAAUGGAAACAGUUUGUGUCAAACAGAGUAUCUGAAAUCCAGUCACUAACCAACCCUGCAAUGUGGUCUCACUGUAAAGGCAAGUUCAAUCCAGCUGACCUCCCCACUAGAGGUCAGACUGCAGCUAAACUGAAGGAAAGUGAACUCUGGUGGAAGGGACCUUCAUUUCUGACCUCACCAAAUCUGUUGGAAGAGAGCGAUGAAGAACAAAGUAAUGAAGAUGUCACUAAUGAGCAAAAGCAAGAUCAGCAAAUCAUCGUGCAACUCAGUAGCAGCAGUGACCAAGAGGGAAUGGAACCUGUGCUUGAUUUAAUGAAGUACAGCAAACUGAAGACAGUAUUGCGAGUCACUGCGUGGAUCAAACGGUUUGUGCACAAUGCAAGUUCAAGCUCCAAGAGAUGCGGGGAGUUGACUGUCAGUGAAAUGUUUGACGAUGAGAAGUACUGGAUAAAAGUGACUCAAGAUGGCAGCUUUAGCCAUGAAAUCAAUUUGCUGAAAGCUGGUAAAACCCUGAACUCUGAUUCAAAAAUCAGAGACCUAAAACCAUUCCUUGACGAAGAUGAAUUGCUCUGUGUUGGAGGCAGACUGCAACAGUCAGACUUUAGUUACAGAGAGAAACAUCCAUGGAUUCUUCCCAGCAAAGACCGAUAUUGUGAGCUGCUGGUUCAGCACAACCAUGAAUUUAUCAUGCAUUCCGGUCUGAGAGACACGCUAGUACAAAUUAGAAGUAGACACUGGAUUUUGCGAGGCAGACAAAUUGUGAAGAGUAUUCUGUCCAAAUGUUCUGUGUGCAAAAGAUUCAAGGCAAAGCCCGCACAGCAGGACACUGCUCCAUUACCACGAGACAGAUUAACAGAAAGCCCUCCAUUUGAAGUAACUGGUGUAGACUUUGCAGGUCCACUGUAUGUGAAGAGUGAUCGUGUGCAAUGCAAGGCUUAUGUUGCUCUGUUCACAUGUGCCGUCACUAGAGCAGUGCAUUUGGAGCUGGUUUCAAGUCAGUCAACUGAAAGUUUCUUGUUAGCACUCAAACGAUUUGUUUCCAGAAGAGGACUGUGCAGAGUCAUUUAUUCAGACAAUGCUAAAACCUUUAAAAGAGCAAAUCAAGACCUUAGCGAGCUGUGGCAAGCUAUCAAAGAUCCACAGCUGCUGGAAUACUUCUCAGGGAAGGGCAUCACCUGGCGUUUCAUUGUGGAACGAGCAGCCUGGUGGGGUGGAUUUUGGGAGAGGCUUGUAAGGUCUGUGAAAACAUGCCUGAGGAAGGUGCUAGGAAGAGCAUCACUCACCUUUGAAGAAAUGUCUACACUCCUCUCAGAAGUAGAGGCCACACUGAAUUCUAGACCCCUUACCUUUGUCCACAAUGAGCUCGAUGAGCCACAACCACUAACACCUGCACACUUCUUGGUUGGUGAGCGACUUACUUCACUGCCCCCAAAACCAUUUCCAGCAGACCAUGAUCAUCCCACUGUCAGUAAAGAAGACAUGACAAAACGGUGGAGAUACAGGAACCGACUCAUGACCAAUCUCUGGAAUCGCUGGAGAAAGGACUAUCUACUGGACCUGAAAUCUGCGCAUUCCUGCAACACACAAAAACCUAAUGAGUUAAAGAUAGGUGACAUAGUUCUCAUCGGAGAUGCCAACAUGCCAAGACAAAGCUGGAAGUUAGGAAGAAUUGAAGAGCUGUUUCAAGGCAGAGAUGGAAAAGUUAGAUCCUGUGCUGUUCGCACAUCCACAAGGACUGUGUUAAAGAGACCCAUUCAACUGCUUUAUGCAUUAGAGAUUUAAGUUGAUGAACAUUUGUUCAUGGGGGGGAGGAUGUUGUGAAUCAAUUUAGAGUAAUAAUAGCAAUUACAGAAUGUUUAAUUAAUUGUCAUUGAUAAUAACAGAUAAAGUUUAAAUUGUCAUAUAUUGGGUUGUUCAGCUUUAAGAAAAGUCUACCCAUAAUGCAUAAUGAGCAAGUGAGAGCGCGCAGAAAAAGAACAUGUGAUUGAUUCAA